AUGCAGUGGGGAUACCCCGUCGCCGCCACCUGCGGCCCCGUCGCCGCCACCUGCGGCCCCGUCGCCGUCACCUGCGGCCCCGUCGCCGCCACCUGCGGCCCUGUCGCCGCCACCUGCGGCCCCGUCGCCGCCACCUGCGGCCCCGUCGCCGCCACCUGCGGCCACGCAGCCUCCACCUGCGGCCACGCAGCCUCCACCUGCGGCCCCGCCGCCACCUGCGGCCCCGUCGCCGCCACCUGCGGCCCCACCGCCGCCACCUGCGGCCCCGUCGCCGUCACCUGCGGCCCCGUCGCCCUCCCCUAG